GGCAACAUUCGAAAUCAUGUUCUUCAUCAUCAAAUAUCAAAGAUUAAUAGUAGAAGAAGACAACUACUCUCCUCUCCUGCCCCUUCUCAGCAGUCUCAAUCACGGGUUGCCCGCCGGCUCCUGACGCUCUUUCCCCCUCUCUCGCAAGUCCCUUGGUGGACCGCCGUGCAGGUCGCGAUACCCAGGGGCCCCCUGCCUAACUGUCAAAAUUCAUAGCCUAACCUUCGCAGUUGCAGUUCAUGCCCUAACAAACUUGCAAAGUUGAGUCAUGUCCUAACUUUCGAACUUCGUCGCCUAACUUUCAAAAUUCAUGCCCUAGCUUUCGCCAUUCAUGUCCUAACUUUCACAAUUUAUGUCCUAACUUCCAAAAUUUGCGGCCUAACUUUCAAAAUUCAUGCCCUAACUUUCAAAGUUGACGCCCCAACUUUCCAAAAUUCAUGCCCUAACUUUCACAAUUUAUGUCAAACUUAUGUUCUAACUUUCACAAGUCAAAUCCUAACUGCCAGAAUUCAUGCCCUAGCUUUCAAAGUUCGGGUCUUAGCUUUCGCAGUUCAUGUCCUAACUUUCGCGAUUCAUCAUGCCAUAGCUUUCCCAAUUCAUUUCUUAACUUUCAAAAUUCAUGCCCUAGCGCGUAACUCAUGAGCAUCGCAAAGCGCUGCGCGUUUUAUUUGCAGUGUUGUCGCCUCGUUUGUUUAUUUUCAAAAUUCAAAAUGUAAAAUCAAAAGCAGAAUUCAAAAUCAAGAAAUCAAAACGAAGGCAAAACUUUACAAGUAAACAAAGAGAUUCAUUUUCAUAGAAGAAAAAUUAGCGAAUUUUUGCGUCCAAGCCGAAAGUCCUCAUACGAAAAUCGUUCAUAAGGUCUGGAGAGACCAUUGUGAAAAGAAAAACCUGCUCUGUACAAUAAAAGUGGAAGUGCGGCGAAGAGUCGAAGACAUUCUUACGGGAAGUGGUUCUCAGAGACCUUCAAGGUGAAAAGAAGCAAGAUUGCGAACGUGAAUACUUAACUGACAAUAAUAUUCUGCUGAGCCUGAGGCAAGAAGACGCGACAAGAGGAUGAUGUUCCUUCAGAAGUUUCUCCUUCAAAAAAG